CCAAUAUAUAGACGAAUAUAUAAAUCUGUUCAAUAUAUCCUCAUUUAUUGUAGAAGAUUUUCUUUCAAAUUCAAUAGAAUUUAUUUUUUAUAAAAUUUGUUAGAAAAAUACAUAACUACGAAAGCGACAUCUAUGUACACGUUACCCAAGUCGAAUACGGUGUUGCCAUCGUUUCAUUUUUUGAAGUAGUUAUGGGUAUGAAUUUUGACAUUUGUAUUGUUUACAAAUAUAUGAUUAAACUGAAGUAUACCAGAAAUUAAUUUUCAUUAAUUACCUACUAAAACAAUAAAUAUUUGGUAUCACACAUGUUGAAAAAUAACACAAUUUUAAAAUUGUCGUAUGCAUAACUUUUUGAAAUAUUUUCAUAUCAUUAGAAUACAUUAUGAAUUUGCUGUUGAUUUUUGCUAUUACACAAUUGUUUGAAUUCAUAUUCUGCAAACCGAACGUGUUAUUUAUUAUAGUCGAUGAUUUGAGACCCAAUUUAGGUUGUUAUGAUUAUGGGAAUGCUGUUACCCCAAAUAUUGAUAAACUGAGCUCAAAAAGCUUCCUCUUUUAUAAUGCAUUUUGUCAACAAUCUUUGUGUGCCCCUAGCAGAAAUUCUUUUUUGACAAGCCGAAGACCUGAUAGCGUACAGCUUUAUGAUUUGAACAGUUAUUAUUGGAGGGAAAAAUCUGGAAAUUUUACUACAUUACCCCAACAUUUCAAAGAAAAUGGUUAUUAUACUUAUGCUAUUGGAAAGGUAUUUCAUCCUAGUUUGACAUCCAAUUCAUCAGAUGAUAUGCCCUAUAGCUGGUCAAAAAAACCAUUUCACCCAAAAACAGAGAUUUAUAAAAAUGCAAAUGUAUGUGUCAAUUCUAAUGGAAUGUUAUCAAAAAACUUGUUAUGUCCAGUUAGAGUUUUCGACCAACCAGGUGGCACUCUUCCUGACUUGGAGUCACUUAGAUCAGUUUUAGACUUUUUGAAGUUUCAGAAAAAUUAUGUUAAAGAUCGUCCAUAUUUUUUGGCAGUUGGGUUUCAUAAACCACACAUACCUUAUAAAUUCCCUGAGCAAUUCCUUAAUUUCCAUCCCAUAUUCAAAGUUAAUUUGCCCUCUAAUAGGAGACGCCCAUAUUCCUUACCAAAUGUUGCCUGGAAUCCAUGGAUUGACAUAAGAAACAGGGAAGAUGUGAAAAAAUUAAAUAUAUCCAUACCAUUUGGAAAUAUGCCUGAUCAUUAUUCUAGAAGAAUAAUUCAACAUUAUAAUGCUGCAGUAACCUAUAUUGAUGAUCUUAUUGGAAAUAUUUUAAAAGCAGUUGAAGGAACAGAUACUAUCACUGUACUCACGUCUGAUCAUGGUGUUUCUCUUGGAGAGCAUGGAGAAUAUUCUAAGUACAGCAACUUUGAUGUAUCAACUAGAGUGCCUCUUAUAAUUCAUGCUCCUAAUUUGAGUUCCACUGGGGUGAUCAUUGAAAAAUUGGUGGAGUUAGUGGAUUUAUUUCCCACUUUAGUAGACCUCACUCGAGUCAGUCCUUCUUUAACUACUUGCAGUAAUGAAGAUAAAUCUGAAAAAUUAUGUACAGAAGGUAGAAGUUUGGUACCUAUUAUGGAAAAAGCUUUGCAAAAGAUAUUUCGCCUCUACACGGGAAAAAAAAAACCAAUUUUUACAUUUGUAUUUAAAAUACUGGAAACAACCAUCAGUGUUUUUAAGCGCUCGUUUGCGAAGCGAUCAUUUGUUUACAGUGACUAUAAUUUUCUAAUUUUUCAGUAGAAUCCGUUGUAAAGUUGAAGUUAAUUUUGAAGUUGUAAUACAAACUUGUUUUUUUUUAAAUUUAAACCAUAUAAAUUACUGUGACAACUUGAGCUCUAUAAAAUUAUUGCGGAGUUUGUGACCAAUAAUUGUAUAAUAUAAUUUAUACAGGGUGUUCCUUAAUUGGAGGUAUAAAAGAUGAUAAGAUAUGUUUUGGAUGAUUUCAAGAUAAAAUGUCUUAUGAACAUGGGCAAACGCUUUGUUAUAUACAAACAGUUUAUCGAAUUUUUGUUAAUAUUUGCUACAGAUUGGGUAAAUAAUAAGUAUCAAAACUUAUAAUUCAUUCAUUAAUCACAACUUAUACUAACUGGAUCUCCAUAAUAAAUUGGAUUUUCCUGUGAAUUACUAGAGAAUUUUUUGAAAUUUUUUUCUUGAAAUCGAUAGCAAAUACGACAAAUAUCCAAGACUCUAAAAAGUAUAGUACUGGAGCAAUGUUCCUUUGAAUAUUUUUCUGAACUACCAGUAGUCCACCUACAAGAAGUUUUGGAGGAAAGAAAAAAUACCACCCUGUAGAUUUGCAUUCAAAAUUAGCGUAUCACAUAAUGAAAACUUUAAAUUGGAAUAUAUAUGCCAAAUUUAAGUUGAAUAUCUUGUGAAGGGGAAAGUGCUUUGACAAAAAAACAUGAAAAAAAAGUUAAACUUUUACAGCCUUUAUCUCGAGAACAAAGCAUUUGCGAGGCCAUGUUUAUAGAAAUUUUUUCUUAAAAUGAUUCGAGGAAUCUGUCAUUUUCAUUUGAAACUCGAAGUUAUAUAUAUGUAUACCUGGUGAUUUUUUCAAGUUGCGCCAGUCAAAAAUCUCUAACAGACAAUAUCUUACGUGAAAAAGUUUUAAAUAUUCAAUAGGUUGAUGGUUUUGAAUGGGAAGUCCACUUAUGUCAGAUCCUCUCAUAAAUUUCUCCUUUGUGAGCGUUUAACUUUGGAAUAUCAAAUGGGAACGUAAUGGCUUUUUAUUGAAGAAUCGUAAUUUACUGUAAAAAAUUCAAAAGUAUCGUACGAAAAUUUUUUACGAAUCUUCACAGAUGGCUCUGUAUUCGAGUUUGAAUACAUUGGUCAUUUGGAAAUGGCGAAAUCUGCAAUAACUCCGGACCAACCUGGCUACGGCCUUGGCUUAAUUUUUAAAUUAACCACCGAUCCAGUCAAUAUUUUUAUAGGUAGGUCAGCAAAUUCACGAAAGUAAAUUAUGUUUUAUUUUACAGAAACCUGUAGAUG